AUGUCAUUAAAUAGGAUAGAUAUGCUACAGCCGGGUAAGAAGAGACAGCUAAAAGUAUCUCUUGGCGAUCCAAGGCUUGAUUUUAAAGAGUCCAGUGCUCAAGAACAAAAUGAACUGGAACGCUCUACCAAACGCCCAAAGAUAACUAAUAUGGCAGUGUUUGCAACCUUACAUAGUUUGAACAGCUCGAAAUAUGAAGAUGUAAAUAUACCAUACAAACAGCUUAUAAGCAUUGGAAGAUCAUCUUCUAAGAAUAAUGAUAUUAUAAUACGGGAAAAUGAUUGUUCAUCUUUGCACUGUCAAUUUGUAAUUGGUGAAAGCUUAAACAACAGAAGUUUAAUCUUAGUAAAAGAUUUUAGCUCAAAUGGAACAUACAUAAAUGAUGUUAUAGUGGGAAGAAAUAACUCAGCUUUACUCAGAGAUGGUGAUAAGAUCUCAUUUGCAUCCAGUUUGCAUUUUAUUGUUAGCUAUCACGACGCGUUCAGAUCGGAUGUCAGUUCGUUCUUUGAUGAAUAUAUUUUGACCAAUAAAGUGCUAGGAACGGGUCAUUAUGCUCAGGUUAAAGAAGCUCGGAAUAGGAAAACUGGGGUUGUGUGUGCUGUGAAGAUCUUCAAUCCAACAAACAUAAGUGAAGAUGCUAAUCAACUAAAUAGGGAACUAGAAAUAUUAAUGAACCUAAAUCACCCCAAUAUUGUGGGAUUUUACGAUAAAUAUAUCGAGCCAGUUAACAUCAAUUCUAUGACAACAUUUUUGGUCCUUGAGAAAGUUAAUGGUGGCGAAUUGUUUAAUAGAAUCGUGACUAAAGGAAAACUGGGUCAAGAGGAGACAAAGGAAAUAACCAGGCAACUUCUACAAGGAUUAGAAUAUUUACAUUCAAAGGAUAUUGUUCAUCGUGACCUGAAGCCAGAGAAUAUCUUGUUAAGCAUUAUUCCAACCAGGCCCAACCAAAAAUACAAACAACCAUGGGAUGAAGGAGAGUUGUCUGUGCAAGUGAAAAUAGCAGACUUUGGUUUGGCAAAGUCAAUUGGAAAGUUUCAGUUUACAACAACUUUAUGUGGAACUCCAGCCUAUGUUGCGCCUGAGGUGCUAGCCAAUUCACAGUAUAGGAAAUAUAACAAGUCGGUCGAUAUGUGGUCUGUUGGUGUAUUGUUAUAUGUUUGUCUCUGUGGAUUUCCACCGUUUAGUGAAGAGUUAGGGCCACCUUCAAUGAGACAACAGAUAUUAGAAGCAAAAUUUGCAUUUUAUUCACCUUACUGGGAUGAAAUUGAUGAUAUUGCCCUUGACCUUAUCAGUAGAUUAUUAGUGGUCAACCCAGAUAAAAGACUGACAGUUGAACAAGCAACGCUUCAUCCGUGGUUUCGACAGAGACAUGGGAGGAACGAGUGUGUAGAUACUCAAGAGACUGUGGAUACACAAGAAAAGUAUUUUGACGACAUAGUUUCUUUAAAGGCCAGACAAUUAUCAAUACGUAUACCCGCUUCUUCCGCAGGUUAUCCUUGCGAGCCCAUAACCAUUCAAGAGCGUGUAAAUACGGGACUGACUGAUGAUAAAAUUGUUGAAAGGUUUUGUAAAUUCAAUCAUAAAAACGAUGCAGACAGUGAUAUGGCAAUGUGA